CAUCCAUCUGUGAAGAUUGGUUAUGUCAAGUUCACACAGCUAAAGCCUUCAAACGUAAGACGUAUGAACGCCUUGGAACGAGUGGUCUGUUGCUGCCAAAGAUGUGAAAAUGUCAAGCUGAAAGUGAAAGCAAUGAACAGUUCUGUAUCAUCAAAUGGAUGUAGAGAUUUACGCAUCGAAGCAGAAGACCUCUCUGCGAUAUCGGAUAUUACCCUCUGUCAUGAUGAUAACAGGACCCUGCCCAAAGCCAAUUGCCUUGAUCGACAGUGUACUUCUUGUAGCGAAAAAAACAUGACCACACAUUAUGCAGCUUUUCUGAAGAACAACAGGGAACUCAAAUUAAACUUUGGAGCCGUGUGAAGAAAACCAAAACGGUGAAGAC